AUGGCAGCCGAGCUGGGUUUAGCAAUAAAUAUUUUUCAAGCCUUUGAAACCUGUAUCAAGGCAUAUCAGUUCAUAUCGGUUGCAAAUAACACUGACCGCGAUAGCAACAAUUUUUUCUCUCGGCUUCAGUGGGAGCAUUAUCGACUUCUCCAGUGGAGUAAAAGCACCGGGUUGGAAACUGGCGAACCAUCUGAGAAGCUUAAUUGGCAGUAUGCAACCCAGUUGCUGGGCGAGCAGGAAACACUUUUGAGCUCGGCAGCCAAGGUAAAGAUGCGAUACAACCUCGAUGUUUCUGAAGAACAAGUUCCGUGGUCUAGGCAAAAAGAGGACUUGAAAGAGCGAUAUGUUUCCGGCUUCAUCGAAAGUCUUCGGCGUUUACGGCCAGAACUAUAUACACAACGAACCCAUACGUCAAAAUCUAAGAACGGUCCAAUCAAGAGGCUUCGUUGGGCUAGUGUCGACAAGGUCCAAGCUGACCGGAUUGUCAAGGAUAUCUCAGAGCUCAACGACCGCCUUGAGGCACUCCUGGAUUCUGCUGAUCGUGAAUGGAUGCGUGAUUCUAUUUCCGAUAUGCUCCGAGAUAUUAUCUCACGGUGUAAUAAUGCUGGAGAUAUUGAGACCAUACAGUCGUUGAUAAAUCCUAAAGCGGUUUCAUCCAAUGAUGCACUUGCAGCUGCCGCCACGCUGAAGCAGAUGAGGAUCUUGAUGAGGAAAGGCACAUCUGGUCUAAGUGAAAUGUCGCUACCGGAACUUCGACAACUUUCUUAUCGCCGUCUCAAACCAUGUUCACCGUCUCAGUCCCUUCAAUACAGGGAACUGGAAGUCUGCAAAUACGAUGGAGUAGAUAUGAUUGUGGAUUGGAGAACUGUCCCCAGUGCAACAUGGAAUGUAGUGGAAAGGCACAUGCAAUGUCUUGCAUUAAUCUUGAGUAAGACAGAUGACCCAUCGUUUCAUACGCUGCCAUUGCUUGGGUUAUUGGCUUGGCAGGAACAAUGCCGGUUUGGAUUUGUUCAUAAAAUCCCUCCAAGAUCUAAAGCCUGUAAUGGGACAUGGCACCACAAAUCGCUCCACGCGAUAAUUAGUGACCAUACCAUGGUCUCACUUACAACUCGAGUUGAUAUCGCGAUACAAAUGGCGCAGACAAUCUUGCAGUUUCAUACCGCCGGUUGGCUGCAUAAGGCCAUUCGAUCCCAUAAUAUCAUAUUUCUCACUUCCGACUCGGAUAAUACGGUUGCUUCCCUUCUCCGUGACCCGUAUCUUGUCGGGUUCGACUAUGCCAGGCCGGAUUCAAAAUCCGGUCAAGAGCUCACUGAACUUCCCGAUACUCCGCUGCUUAUGGACCUGUACCGCCACCCCAAGUCUCGAGGUAUCCAUCGCCAGUCGUACCAAAAGCAGUUCGACUUGUACGGUCUUGGGUGUCUUCUCCUGGAGCUUGCCUUGUGGAAGCCACUUGUUAAAAUUGCUACAUUGAGUCACGGAAUUGAUAUACAAGAGAUCCUCGACGCUACAGAUUCAGACAACUAUGAUGUACAGUUUCCUUCGUUCUUAAAUUUUGAACAUAACGAAAAACUCCUUAUGUUAGUAGAGCAUUCCGCUGGCUUUAAAUUUUGUGAAGCCGUGAAAACCUGUUUCUCUGCGGAAUCUCUUACGGGAGGAACUGGAACAAACACAUCACUAGGAGCCCAGAAACAGGUUUUAGAACACCUUCGCCGUUGCAAAUUAUAA